AUGCAGCGACUAAAACUGCUGAAUCAACAACCACGGACAAAACCGUCAUGGGAAUAUGAAUCUAACAAUCGACUGGCAGUGCACACCACAUGGCUUUUAAAUUUUGAUUACGUCACAAAGUCAUUGCACGGUGAUAUUGCUUCCCAUUUUGUGGAGACUGCUGCUUUUCUGGAACCGAACGAGAUCCACGAAGAGUUGAUCAACUGUCAGCUUCUCUCCACAGACGAGCCAUCACGAUCAAGCAGUAACUUUUCUUGGCCAAUGAAAAGUCAAAUCGUAGAUAUAUUGACGAGAUUUUCCCUUUUUCAGAGGAAAAGCUCGAGUACUCUUGGGAUACACCGUCUUGUUCAAGAAGUCAUCCGCAGCAGAAUGACAACUAAAGAAACCGCUUCCUCUCUUCUUAGAGCAGUAAAUCUUCUUCACCAAGCCUUCAGUGAUAACCCUUCUCCAGAUCAAAUCCCGCUGGAUAUCGUAGCAGGUGUUAAAGAACAACCAUCAACAGCCGUGCCGAAUCCUUCUCUGUUCUUCUUGUGGUCGAAGUUGACAUGUCAUGCUUCUGAACUACAGAACCAUCUGAAAGACUUCCUGGAUCAAGACGACAUCGGAAGGGAUGACAAAAACAUCGUUAUAACCCAUGAGACUUCACGUAUUAUUUAUGAAAACGCUAUACAGUUAAGUGUGCAUUGUCAUGACGAAGAAGCAAAAGAAACGGAACAUUUUUCGUUUCAAAUUCUCAAUGCUUGCACAACUGACAGUAACGCUACCUUGACUCUCGACCAACUGAAAAAGCUAUUCCCUCACGCUCUACCUCUCCCUCCGCUGUUAAAGAAAAUCAUUUUGUACUCAUCUCGUCCGCCACCUGAUAAAAAAGACGUUCUAGAAAAUGAAGAUCAUCUGAAUGCCGAAAUAAACAAGUUGCGUCUAAAAGGAAAUACGCUUUUUAAGGAUGCACAUUUCAAAGAAGCUGUAGAAUCGUACACCGACGCACUUGAAGUAAGUAAAAUGGCAAAACAUUUAGACCCCCGCCUAUUAAACAAUCGCGCAACUGCGUAUCUCAAACUGGGAAAUCAUAAAGAGUGUCUCGCAGAUUCCCAGGAGUACAUUAAACUUAGACCUAACUGCUGGAAGGGAUAUACUAGGAAAGCCUUGGCUCUGAAUGGGCUUGGAAGAAGGGGCUUCGCUUUAUGUUCCGCAGAUAUGGCGUAUUAUCAUGACGCAAGUAGUUGCCGCCGUUAUGAAGCUUUCCAAAACACGUUUGAACACCUUGAUGGAAACUGGGAGGUUGUUGAGUCUUCUGAAUCACUCAAAGAGUGCAUAAUAAGGAGUCGAUUUCUAACUUCAAGAAAGAAAGUUCUUCUCCUUACCAGUAAGAUUUACGAGGUUGAGCCUGCACAAAUUGUUGAAGACAAAAAGCAAGUGCUGGUUACAAAGGUUUUGAUUAAUGCCGAUGGCUCUAAUGCAAUUGUAGGCACAACUUUAGCAGCCUGUUGUGAGGGUUCCGAAGUGACAAUAAACUGUGGCGGACUUUAUUUCAUGGGGGAGUGUUUUGUACACAAUGUUUCAUUUUUAACCCAAAGAACUAUUUAUGUUGAAGAGGAUGGCGACGUAGAGUUCACCAACUGUAAAUUUAAGAGCAGUUGUACGUUGGACGCAGCCGUUGUUGUUUACGGACUGGCAAAGUUUAUUCAUUGCUCUAUCAUUGACAGCCCCGGGGGAGGAAUCACGGUCGAAUAUAGCACCGCGUUAGCUUCAUUGAUAAACUGCAAAGUGAAUAGAAAUGGUAGAGGAGCAGAGACAUCAUCUGGAAUAAAGGUGAUAGAUCAAGGAAGCUUAGAAGUAAAUGAGUGCCAGGUUCACGGGAACACUAAGGGUAUUAUUGUUGCUGGAACUAAAUAUAACGACAUCAUAUCAAAGAGGGUCCUUAUACAAAAUUCCGAGAUUUUUGACAACAAAUUCGAUGGUGUCUCUGUGGUAGGUCAUGAUCUUAGUUUAUCAUUCGAAGCAGUGGUCAUACGGAGGAAUAAAAUCUAUCACAACAGUACGUAUGGCAUUCGUGUACAAUUUUACGCAAACAAUUAUUUGAAGAGAACACGGUGUUUGAAAACUUCUGGUGGGGAGUAUGGGUGGAGUGCAAUUCAGGCGGUUACUACAAAGGCAAUGAGAUAUGCAACAACAAGAUGGGUGGAAUUAGUGUUGGUAGGCACAGUCCAGGGAGAGCUCCAUGUGUUGUGGAAGGCAAUGUCAUACAUCAUAACUAUGGACCGGUAUUUCAUGAAGGAUUGAAAUAUUUUGAAGUCAUUUCUUUUCCAAAGGAGCUCCGAGUUUAUUUUGAAAUGCAUGAGGCAACGAAGGGUGAGGCAGUUCUGAGGGGCGAUAAAGACGCUUUUGAGGUUUCCCUUCCUAAUGCAGUUUCAGCGUUGUACAGAUCCAACAAUCAGUGUCACCAAAAUGACAUACCCAAAUAAACCUGCACGCAACAUCCUUGAAAACAAACUGUGCCUUUUGCUUUCGAUAUGAUCCGAAAUUGCUGUCUUGCAAAGGUUGUAAGACUGCACGGUAUUGUGGAAAGGAAUGUCAGAGAUCGCACUGGAGUAGUCACAAAAACGUCUGCAAAGCUACAAGGCAGAUAAAUACCAUCGAGAUUUGGAUUCCAGUGAACGAUCCAGAGAAAGAUCCACGCUUCACGUACAUUACCCAAACACAUCCGAGUCUGGAGCCAACGGGACCACUUUAUGCAUCUCCUCCUCCAAGAGAGGGAAGUCGUUUUGUUGUCAAAAUGCAAACUUCAGAGGGACUGGCGUUUGGCAAACUGCUUCACCGACAAGGUUACGUCAGUGAUGAUUAUAACCCUUACAAAGCGCAGAUAACAAUUUAUGAUCGCAGUCGGUACCUUGAUUUUAAAAUACGAAAUCAACCAGGCUUUAUCAUUUAAUUAUGGGUUGCGGAAUGAUGGGUGCUUUUAUGUAUCUCAGCAAGAAGCUGUUUUGUUGGGCAGCGUUCAAAGUUCCCAAAACCAUCCAAAUUUUUACUCAUGAAUUUCCCCCAGUACAGAAGUGGUGAAAACUUUUAUGUUCAUCAAUAUAGCUAUGAAAUGACUUAGAACAUAUUAAUAAAUCAAAUAUUAACUGAGGAUGCAAGGGUGAGAGUGUAGGUGAACCACGCAGUUGAAUCAGUUGGUGUAAUAAAAAAACCUGAAAAAUCGAUCAGUCUUGGGAAUCAAACCCCGACCUUUGUGGUGAAAGCGGGCAAUGCUCCACCCACAAUUCAAAAUAUGAUCUAUAUUUUCAUAUAUUCUAAGACAUUUCCCUCCCGCACCAUCGGGUAUAUACUGGGAACUCAAAUUUUUCCUGCUCUGCAGUUGGUUUGAUGAGCUCAAUGGAGCAGAGCAUUACGUUCGUUCAUCGCAGUGGUCAGGUUCAUGAAACCAUUCCACUGAACAAGUAAUAUGGAAAGAUCCACUAAUAGACCUGUUUUUUGGCAUUGAACGCAGUGUGUACAAUUGAACGGCCAUUGAACGGUGAAACCUGAAACUAUAGGAACUAAUUCCAAGCGUGUUUUAUCUAGG